AGAGCGCGACCGUUCGCCGGGUGAGCGGGAGCGGAGCGGAGCCGUCGGUGCCGGAGCGGGCAGGGAGCGGAACCGAGGCGGCCGCAGCUCCGCGUCCAUGGCGGACCGCGCCGCGGAGACGGGAGCGGCGGUCCCCCCCCGGGACUGCGCCUCCUCCGAGUCCCCCGCAGAGGCGGUCGGGACGGAGAGGCGCGGCACGGAGCGGGAGGAGGACGGCGAGGAAGAGAAGUCGGGGGCGGGCGGCCCCGACGGCAGCGAGCCGAAGCGAAGGGAAAGCGGUGCGAGAGCCGAAAGCGCCGAGAAAGGGCACGAGAGCGGGGAUGGGGCGUGCGGGAGCACGGCGGAAAAGAGAGGGGAGCCGCGGGACGGCGCGCCCGUGGGUGGAGGAUCCCAGCUGAGGAUACUGCUGGUGGGCAAGACGGGGAGUGGGAAGAGUGCGACAGGGAACACCAUCCUUGGGAUGGAGGUGUUUGAAUCAAAGUUAUCAGACAGUUCGGUAACCUCUGACUACAGCAAAGCUGAGGGAAGCUUCUAUGGAAGAACCAUUGAAGUCGUUGACACUCCAGGCCUUUUUGACACAAGGGAAGGCAACCUGAAAACAGCUGAGAAGAUUAAGAAUGGCCUUCGAUACCUCUCUACAGGGGUCCAUGCCAUCGUGUUUGUGAUGCAGCUGGGCCGAAUCACUAAGGAAGAGCAGGAAGUCGUUGAGUGGGUGACCAAGAUUUUCCAUGUGGAAGCACAGAGGUACACAAUCCUGUUAUUUACCCGAGCAGAAGAGCUGGAGGAUGCAGAAGGACUGAAGUGUUUCGUAGAAGAGAGUUCAUACCUGAAGGCUUUAGCAGCCAAGUGUGGAAAUCGGUACAUCGCUUUCAGCAACAGAGCCACCAGAGAGGCGAGGGAUGGGCAGGCUGCAGAGCUCAUCCACAUGAUCGAUGCCAUGGUAGAGCAGAAUGGCGAUGCUCCGCGUUACACACGAGAAAUGCUGGAGAAAGACAGACGGAACUUUUUGGAGAAGGCUCCACAUGUCAGUGCAAUGCCAGUGUCAGGACAUCACAGCACAGGAUCCCAGCUGAGCAUCAUCCUCGUGGGCAAGACGGGGAGUGGGAAGAGUGCGGCAGGGAACACCAUCCUUGGGAGGGAGGAAUUUAAAUCGAAGUUAUCAGACAGUUCGGUGACCUGCGACUACAACAGCGCCAAGAGCAUCUUCUGCGGAAGAACCAUUGAAGUCGUUGACACUCCGGGCCUUUUUGACACAAGAGAAGGCAACCUGAAAACAGCUGAGAAGAUUAAGAAUGGCCUUCGAUACCUCUCUACAGGGGUCCAUGCCAUCGUGUUUGUGAUGCAGCUGGGCCGAAUCACUAAGGAAGAGCAGGAAGUCGUUGAGUGGGUGACCAAGAUUUUCCAUAUUGAAGCACAAAGGUACACAGUCCUGUUAUUCACCCGAGCAGAAGAGCUGGAGGAUGCAGGAGGACUGAAGGGUUUCGUAGAAGAGAGUUCAUACCUGAAGGCUUUAGCAGCCAAGUGUGGAAAUCGGUACAUCGCUUUCAGCAACAGAGCCACCAGAGAGGCGAGGGAUGGGCAGGCUGCAGAGCUCAUCCACAUGAUCGAUGCCAUGGUAGAGCAGAAUGGCGAUGCUCCGCGUUACACACGAGAAAUGCUGGAGAAAGACAGACGGAACUUUUUGGAGAAGGCUCCCUAUGCGAGUGCUCUCCCAAUGGCAGGACAUCACAGCACAGGAUCCCAGCUGAGCAUCAUCCUCGUGGGCAAGACGGGGAGUGGGAAGAGUGCGGCAGGGAACACUAUCCUUGGGAGGGAGGAAUUUAAAUCGAAGUUAUCAGACAGUUCGGUGACCUGCGACUACAACAGCGCCAAGAGCAUCUUCUGCGGAAGAACCAUUGAAGUCGUUGACACUCCGGGCCUUUUUGACACAAGAGAAGGCAACCUGAAAACAGCUGAGAAGAUUAAGAAUGGCCUUCGAUACCUCUCUACAGGGGUCCAUGCCAUCGUGUUUGUGAUGCAGCUGGGCCGAAUCACUAAGGAAGAGCAGGAAGUCGUUGAGUGGGUGACCAAGAUUUUCCAUAUUGAAGCACAAAGGUACACAGUCCUGUUAUUCACCCGAGCAGAAGAGCUGGAGGAUGCAGGAGGACUGAAGGGUUUCGUAGAAGAGAGUUCAUACCUGAAGGCUUUAGCAGCCAAGUGUGGAAAUCGGUACAUCGCUUUCAGCAACAGAGCCACCAGAGAGGCGAGGGAUGGGCAGGCUGCAGAGCUCAUCCACAUGAUCGAUGCCAUGGUAGAGCAGAAUGGCGAUGCUCCGCGUUACACACGAGAAAUGCUGGAGAAAGACAGACGGAACUUUUUGGAGAAGGCUCCCCAUGUGAGUGCAGUCCCAGUGUCAGGACACCACAGCACAGGAUCCCAGCUGAGCAUCAUCCUCGUGGGCAAGACGGGGAGUGGGAAGAGUGCGACAGGGAACACUAUCCUUGGGAAGGAGGCAUUUUGUUCUACGUUGUCAGCACAUUCCGUAACCCAUAAUUGCGAGAAAGCUAAAGGCCACUUCUGUGGAAGACCGAUUAUUGUGGUCGACACUCCUGGCCUUUUUGACACUGGGGAAGUGAUCAGGACAUCAAUUGAAAAGAUUAAGAAUGCCUUUCAGAACCUCUGUGCAGGGGUCCAUGCCAUCAUCCUGGUGAUGCAGCUGGGCCUAUUCACUAGGGAAGAGCAGGAAGUGGCUGAGUGGUUGACCAAGAUUUUCCAUACUGAAGGAAGGAACUACACCAUCCUGUUAUUCACCCGAGCAGAAGAGCUGGAGCAUCCAGAAGCCCUGAAGGCUUUCAUAGAAGGGAGCUCAUAUCUCAAGGGUUUGGCAGCAAAGUGUGGAAAUCGGUACAUCGGUUUCAGCAACAAAGCCACCAGAGAGGUGAAGGAUGGGCAGGUUGAAGAGCUCAUCCACAUGAUUGAUGCCAUGGUAGAGGAGAAUGGUGAUGCUCCGUGUUACACACGAGAAAUGCUGGAGGAAGACACACAGGAAUUGUCUAGGCUUUGUACCAUCCUGUAGGCAGCGAGGGGUCGGUCCGGGAGGAGACAUCUCCUCCAUUGUGCCGUCCCUGUUGUGCUCUGAAGAUGACGCUCUCCUUCCUGGCUUGCAGUUCCCAUCCUUCCCCCUCCAUGCCCUGCGCUUUCCCCUGCCCUGUGUCACUGCUUUCCCUGCGGGCUGCAGGUGCUCAAUGUGUGUGUGCUGCUGUGUCGCUGCGCUCUGCGGCUCUCAGCUCUGCUGCGCUGAUGUUCUUCAUUGGCCAUCUGCUGAGAGCCGGGGCUGGAAGGAGCUGUGCAGGGCUGGGGGCUCGUGGUGCUCGUGUCCGUCCCACCGCAGCAGGCGCUGCCGGUGCCAUGGCUGGAGGGCCUCUGCCUUCACGGGACGAUGCAGGGUGUGCUGUGCACUGCUGGACACAUAGGAGCUCCCAAUAAACGCUGAGCCUUGCCGUGCUGUGGA